UCAAAGCACUAGACGAGAACCACGGAUAACAUCAAACAUGGCAGUGCUCAUGAAUGAGAUCCAGGAGAGCUUGCGGAUCUCAAAACGCGUCCCCCCGAAUUCGCCCAAACAGUGUCACUUCCUUCUUGCGAUCAGUUUUGAAACAGACGUGUUUUGAACAUUCUCCAGCCGUUGCACGUAUUCGCCUUGACCAUACCCAACCUCUUCAUCAUGAAUUCCACGUUUAAUGAGUUCUUUGGGUUUCAAGAUGAUGACGCCAUGGACCAAGUAUUUAGGAACCAGGAGGUAAUGGACUUCAAUACCUCUGACCUGUCAUCCGAGUCCGGCAUCGACUCUCCCUCCCCGGUCCCCGGCGAGCUACCCCCGUGCAGGUCACCCUUCCCAUUCACGCCGGAGCAGGAGACGGACUUGGAAGCCGUCUACGCAGCCAACCCGUUCCUGGGGUUCAUAGGCAGGGACAUUCUGGCCGAUGCACUCAGCGUGACAGAGGAGGAUAUCGACGUUUGGUUUAUCCAUCGACGCUUCAACGACUCCUACCUCCAACCAAGAUAUGCCUCAUCACCACGCCCACUCUCUCCAUCUCCAGAAAUGGCUCCUCCCGGAUUCCCCUCAUCAAUAACCACCACUCCCCCUGCCUCACCAUCCGCCCCGGGCGCCGAAAGCUACCUCAUGUGUCCAGCAUCGGCCACCGUCACCACGACCUACACUUCUGCGCGCAUCAACCAUCACGGACCUAGAAUUGGUUCAAGUCGGACUUACCAGCAGUUAGCAUCAUCCUGUGGCAACUCAGCUAUGACGGCGACAACGACGACAUGCCAUCGAGCUCCGGUCAUCACUUGUCGCGACACGGCUUCCCUGACCAUGCGUUCCAGGAACAACUGCCGCCGACGUCCCGUCGCUUCGGGCUGUCUGACAGGCAACACGGGUGUCAUGGCUGCACGUCGAUGAGCGGCCACUCCUUGAACAGACUUACAUAAACUUGUAUCAAGUCAAAUUCAAAUAAUUUGAAAGUUCCUCUCCAAAUCUCGAAUACCAACACUCCAUAGUAUAUAUACAUACAUACAUGUAGAUAAUUCAUUGUUUAAACUUCAAUCUUUAAGUUAUAGUAUACUUAACUUGAUGUGCAUUAUCAGGUUAAGACUAUAUUAUUUUAACUGCAUCAAAUUUCGACAUCCACAAUUUCAGGUUCCGGGGAAGGGGGGGGGGGGAUGGAGAAUUAUAACUCACACUUAGCCCUUCUGCCGCUGGUACCGGGUAAAGGCCUUCAUCGACGGUACAGUUUUUGGGAUUUGUUUUCUUCAAAUCAUAAAUUUAGCUCACGCGUAGGCCUACACCACUUGUUAAAGUUAUAAUCGAACUAAUUUGAUUAUUUUCUUGCAAUAUGUAGCUUAAUUUAAGUGUUUACUUUAUAAAUAUAUAAAUUCAUGUAAAUAAAUCACUUUACCCUCAUGACUGUUGUCCUGUUUUAACAUAGUGUAAUUUAAACUCUCUUUGAAGAGUGAAAAACCGCUCGAAAAGAAUUUUAGAGCGUUUUUUUUCCCACUGUCGGUGCCACAGUAAAAACUAAAUAUGCAAAUUUCACUCUGAGACAGAGCCAUAAUGCCCCGAGCUGUUUUAACUCAGUGAAAAGAGACGACAACAAAGGCUUUUUAUUUUACAAGAACAGUCGAACCGUACCAGUCUCUUCUGUGUUUAUAAAACAGUCGCCGAAUAAAGUUCAUCCCAACGAGAAAAAUAAAUAGGAGCAUCAACUCGGAAUUUUUGAGCUGGAUUUCAGUUUUACUUUGAACGCAUUCAAAGUUUUAAAGAUUUA